GCACAUUCAACUCAACACAAUAAAUAAAUAAAUUAUUAAAACGUAAAACGCCCUCAGUGUAGUCAAUAAAUAAACUAAACUACCCUCUGCAUAGGAACAAUACCCACCACAAUAUAAAUAUACAGUAUAUAUGCUUCAUAACAAUGUUAAAAGAACUUAUAGCUCUCAUAAAAAUAUUUUAAAAAAAUAAUUAAUAUAUUAAAAAAAUAAUUAAUAUAUUACAGUGCAGUGCAGUUAAUUAAAGGUGAUUUAGGAUCCCUUUCAAAUCAUCAUUUUAUCAAAUGAUUCCUAAAACAUUGUACAAACAUUGUAUUUAGAGUGUCAGAAUGCAGACUCAUAUGUCCCGCCUCCCUGUUUCUGAUUGGUUCAGAGCUGUUCGUAUUCACAUUUCUGACCAAUCACAUUACUCGAUAGAUGUCGUGUUUUUCUUGUAGACCAAUGAGAUUCAACCAGGAAGCUAGAGGACAGAGUCCACGUUAUUAAACACCACAGUGGAGACUUGUAUCAGAUAUAACUCUGGUUUAAACUCGGUGUCAGUGAGCCGUAACCUACCUGGUCAGUAUGGAGGUGUGUUUUCUUGUCUCAACACUGCUUUCUGUGCUGCUUUUCAACAGUUUUCCAUCUUCAAGUUGCUAAACUCGACUAUAAGGUUUAAAGUUCACCUGCAGCGGACAUCAUGCAGGUGAAGGACGUGGGGAAGUGUUGCUGUGUAGUUAAGGUGUUUGAGGCUUCUUCGGCAAAGAAAGCAGUGAGCUGCAGCGGAGUCAUCGUCCAUCCUCAGACCGGGACCGUGAUCUGCACCGGCGUCCCGUUCUCCCGUUACACCACCGGCAGACAGCCUCUCUCCUCCGCAGAGCACCGCCUCCUGUCACCGCACAGCUUCAGCGAAACACUCAAAAUCAGCCUCGUCUUCUCUACUGACUCAACCCAGUCUGCACAGCCACACAAAACCCUUCAAGGUGAAGUUUCAGCCGAGUUGUUGAUGCUGGUGAACUGCCAGGAGUUCAGACAGGCUCUCCUGGCUGUCUUCCCGGAGGCUGACCAGUGGCGUUUCCAUGGUGACGAGGAUGAGGAGCUGAUGAGAGAUGCCCAGUUCCUCAGUUGGUUCGCUGUACUCAAAGCGAGCGUGGUGGUGGCAGACAGCAGCAGCACAAAUGCAGGGACUAUCAUCCCCUGGCAGAGCAGCUCAUCCAUCCAGAAAGGCUGCCCGGUGGUUGCUUGUGGCUCACCCUUCGGCUCCCUCUGCUUGGAUCUCUUCAUCAGCACCCUCAGCAGGGGCAUCAUCAGCAACCUCACUGGAGAGGACAACGCUGUCAUCCUCACAGACGCCCGGUGCUUGCCAGGCACAGAGGGCGGAGGGUUGUUUGUGGCGAAAGGCGCAGACGACGUGCGUCUCCUCGGACUGAUCGUGUCUCCGUUUGGUUGGAAGGCGAACGAGUGGAUAGGCCUCACCCUGGUCUGCUCCGUCCACCUGAUCUUCAGGAGCAUCAUCAGAUGCACGAGAGGUCAAGAUCCACUCCAAGAUGUCUGGCUCCAUCCGGGAGAGGCAGGCCUCCUCAUGUCCACCGCAGCAGCCCAGGAGUCAAACGCUGUUAAACGCCCCACUGUGUGCUUUGUGGACAGUGGACAGUUCUGGGGCUCGGGGGUCGUCGUCACCUCUCGGCUGGUUGUGACCUGCCGCCACGUUGUCAACGGGAAGUCCACAGUCACCCUGAAGUUCCAUCACGGGGACAGCGUCCGUGAUGUUGUGGGUGAUGUGCUGUUUUCCACUAAAGCCUCUUCGCCCUAUGAUUUGGCGUUGGUGCAGCUGAGAGACUCCGCCACAGAGGCCGUGGUCCCUCGAAUGGCUCAGAGUUACAAUCCAGGUGAAUCUGUAGUCGUGGUGGGAUAUGGUGGCUUGGGUCGGAGGUGUGGUCCGUCCCUGACCUGUGGUGUCCUCUCCAAAACCAUCAGCUUGAAUGACCAGCCCAUCAUGCUUCAGACCACUUGUGCAGUACAAGCAGGGACCAGCGGGGGCGCUGUGGUGCGGACUCACUCAGGGGAGCUGCUGGGCAUCGUGGCCAGCAACACGAGGGACUUGGCUGCCAAAGUGACCUACCCGCACCUCAACUUUAGCAUCCCAGUGACUGUUUUCCAGAGAUCGUUGCAGCACUUUGAGCAGACAAGGGAUGUUAAUGUGUUCAGGGUGUUGGAUAGCACAGAAACAGAAGUCAGCACAGUGUGGAGGCUACAGGGUGCACAAAGCAAACUAUAACUGAUGCACCUUGAGAUAUACUAGAGAAAAAGAUUAGAUGGUUAAAUCAAUAUGGAUUAUAUGCAAAAUCAUAUUAGGUAAUCAAAUUGACAUUAUGUUUAAUUUUUUAAAACAAAACAAUUUUUUUCAAAUAUAUAACUUAAUGUUUCAUACCUCAAUUUGUUACAAAGACGGGCACAAAGUCACAGAUCUGAAGGAGUAAAUGCAACUAAAACGAGACUCAUUAAUUUCUAAUGUUGAUUCGCUCGCCCAGAAUCAUGCCUCACCUGUGAAAUAUUAAUAAGACCACUUAAUGUUAACAGCCAACUUACUUUAAUACCUACAGAGAUUUUUUUAUUGUACUGUAAUGUAAUUAUAUUAAUAAAAAGAGUUUAUUCUGGUGA